UAAGCCCCCAGUUUUCCUCUUCAUAAAUUACCCUUUGCUUGAUUAUUUCAUGCUUUUAGAAUAAUUAUACGGCAAGCUAAGAAUGUGAGUAAACUGAGAGAGUCUGCAAAAGAUGGGAACAAAACAGAGGGAAACAGAGACUACUAGGAAGGUUUUCAAUAUAAACCUAGUUUUCUUCUUUUUCUUCCUUCUACUUUCUGAUUAGACAAACCAUUUGAAAAGAAACAAGAUAAGAUACAGCAGAAGAAGAAGAAAAAACGAGAAAGGGUUUUUUAUUAUCAUUGGGGUUUAAAUAUUCGUCGUCAUCAUGAAUACAUGCUUUUGAAGAACAAGCGAAGGAAAGACGUAUAGUUGUUCAAAGAAAGGGCCCUUUUUUUUUAAUACAAAAGGAAAAGGAAAAAGCUUCCAUCGUUGUUGUUCAAGGAUGCUUCGUUUCACAUGCAUUAUCUUAAUAUGUAUGUUGGGUUCCUUCUUUUCAUUUGCUAGAGCUGCCUUCAAUCUUAGCCUCCCUCACCAACAUCCUUUCCCAGAAUCUGUUGUUCAUGAUGUUCAAAGGAGAUUAAAUGUGUCCGUAUCGAGAAGACAAGCCCUCUCCGUGAGCCAAAAAGAUCAAUGUCUAACGGGAAACCCCAUCGACGAUUGCUGGAGGUGCGAUCCCGAAUGGUACAACAACCGCCAACGCUUAGCCGACUGCUCCAUCGGCUUCGGACAAGGAACCCUCGGCGGAAAAGGCGGGCGGAUUUACACAGUCGUGGAUUCGUCCGACAACGACGUUGCCAACCCCAAACCGGGCACUUUCCGGCACGCCGUCAUCCAAGACGAACCCCUCUGGAUCAUCUUCUCGACCAACAUGGUGAUCAAACUCAAACACGAACUCAUUUUCAACUCGUACAAGACGGUGGACGGCCGCGGCACGACCGUUCACGUAACCGGCAACGGGUGCAUAACGUUGCAGUACGUUCAGCAUGUGAUCAUACACAACAUCCACGUCCACCAUUGUAAACCCUCGGGGAACGCCGACAUCGCGUCGACGCCGACGCACGUCGGCUGGAGGGGGAGAUCGGACGGUGAUGGGAUCUCUAUUUUCGGUUCGCAAAAAAUCUGGAUCGAUCAUUGCGCCCUUAGUUACUGCACCGAUGGCCUUAUCGAUGCAAUCAUGGGAUCCACUGGAAUCACAAUCAGUAACAGCUAUUUUUCUCACCACAACGAAGUCAUGCUUUUAGGGCAUGAUGACAGGCAUUUGGCGGAUUCGGGAAUGCAGGUGACGAUAGCGUUUAAUCAUUUCGGAGAAGCGUUGGUGCAAAGAAUGCCGAGGUGCAGGCGAGGGUAUAUCCAUGUGGUAAACAAUGAUUUUACUGCUUGGGAAAUGUAUGCCAUCGGCGGUAGUGCUAACCCUACCAUUAAUAGUCAAGGGAAUCGAUAUACUGCACCUGUCGACCCUAAUGCUAAAGAGGUGACAAAGAGAGUGGACACAGAUGAGAGAGAAUGGGCAGGGUGGAACUGGAGGACGGAUGGGGACUUAAUGGUAAAUGGAGCGUAUUUCGUGCCGUCGGGAGCCGGCGUAAGUGCUCAGUAUGCUAAAGCUUCAAGCGUCGAGCCUAGAUCCGCUGCCUACAUUGAUCAGCUCACUUUCAAUGCCGGCGUCUUUGGCGAGGCCAGGGCAGAGACUGGGAGCUUUGUUUAUCCCGGAUCCGUCGGCAACAGCGGGUCCACCGGCACCGGCACCACUAGCGGCGGUGAAGGGUCCAGUGACGAUGGCAACUACUUUGGAAUGAUAUUCGGGAACGGCGCGCCACCAGAAUCGACCCCACCACCUUUGACAUCAACAUUUUUGUUUCUUCUAAUUAUUUUAAUUUUGUAUUCUAUUACCAACCAAGGUGCUCUACCGCCAUUAUUAUUGUAAUAGGAAAUACAAA